AUGUUUGAAUAUUCCUCAUCUGUUUCUCCAUGGGAGCUAUCUGCACAGACAGCCUCCCUGGCCGCUCGGGUCUCCAAGCGUGGCUACUGCUUCUGGCCCAAUCGCAAGUACAUUCCUCGGAGGGCGGUGCUCUAUGUCCCUGGAAAUGAUGAAAAGAAAAUAAGGAAGAUUCCAUCGCUGGAAGUAGAUUGUGCCGUGCUGGAUUGUGAGGAUGGCGUGGCUGUGAAUAAGAAGAAUGAAGCUCGAUUGAGAAUAGUACAAACCCUUGAAGAAUUUGAUCUGGGUCCAACUGAAAAGUGUGUGCGAGUGAACUCGGUGUCCAGCGGCCUGGCUAGCGCUGACCUGGAGACCCUCCUCCAGUCCCGGGUCCUGCCUUCCAGUCUAAUGCUACCCAAAGUGGAGGGACCUGAAGAAAUCCAGUGGUUUUUAGACAAAUUCUCAUUCCACUUAAAAGGCCGAAAACUUGAACAACCAAUGAAUUUAAUCCCCUUUGUGGAAACUGCAAUGGGUUUGCUCAAUUUUAAGGCAGUGUGUGAAGAAACACUAAAGCUCGGGCCUCAACUGGGGCUUUAUCUAGAUGCAGUGGUUUUUGGAGGAGAAGAUUUUCGAGCCAGCAUAGGAGCAACAAGUAGUAAAGAGACGCAGGACAUCCUCUAUGCCCGACAGAAGAUUGUGGUGGUGGCGAAGGCCUUUGGCCUGCAAGCCAUCGACCUGGUGUACAUCGACUUCCGGGACGAGGACGGCCUUCUCAGACAGUCGAGACAGGGGGCCGCCAUGGGCUUCACCGGUAAGCAGGUGAUUCACCCCAACCAAAUUGCCGUGGUCCAAGAGCAGUUUACCCCCUCCCCGGAGAAAAUCCAGUGGGCUAAAGAACUGAUUGCUGCCUUCAACGAGCACCAGCAAUUAGGAAAGGGAGCUUUUACUUUCCGAGGGAGUAUGAUCGACAUGCCAUUACUGAAGCAGGCCCAGAACGUUGUUACGCUUGCCACGUCCGUCAGGGAAAAAUGAUCUGUUAAAUGAAGCUCUCAUCAGGUGGGCCGAACACAGACAGUGUGUUUCUUAAAGACAAACUGUAAUACUCAUGGCAACUUGUUAGCAUGCCAGGGUGGGCCUCACUCCAUUUACAGUUCAUGCUAAUCACGAGGGUGGUUGUUAUUGUCUUACUGGCCAAUUAUUCCUCUAAAAAUGAACUUUCUUCCUUUGCCG